UGUAAGUAAAAUUCAUUUUACCACAUUAUAAGCCAUAAAGUUACAAGUUCUAAUAAUAUUACAAAACAAAUAACUAACAAAAGAUGUCAUGAUUCUGUUAAAAAAAUAAAGUAGUUUGUAACCAGAAAUUAAACUUAAAUAUUUAUGUCACAAAUUACCCAUUUAUUUACAGAAGGAUUCAACCUUAAUCAAGGUCGGAUACAACAGAAAAUUCUGGCCACCAAAUAUAAUUCUUAGAUAUGACAAUAACACACUUAGCUAAAACAUGUGUACACUAUUACAAAUACAAGAUGUAGAACAAAAAACCAAAGACAACAUUUUGCCUGACUUCGUCACUAUAUUGAUUUAAAUCAUUUAGUCACAUAAUUUGAUUAAAGCAACUAACUUAAGUUGUUUCUAUUCUAAUUUCUAAAUUGUAUUCACAAUUUGAUCUGUAUUUUAAAUCAAACGUCGUUUUUCGAAGAUAUCGUCGUUUUUUAAAUUUGAAGUUUUCGUAACUUUUGUCGUUUAAAUUUUUAUAUUAUUAUUACUAUUUAUUUAGAAAAAGGAGGAUAAGAGACAUAUGCCAUAUGGGCUGAAUCAAGUAAAGGCCCAUAAACAGUAGCCCAGCUUUACUAAGAGAAAUCUCAGAGUAACGCCGUCCGCCGCAAACCGCCGAAUUCUUCUUCUUCGCUAAUUCGAUACUGAACUGAACCCUAAAUAUGGAAGAAGAGAGCAAACCAAACCCAGACCUUUCCCUUCUUACCCAAAAGCCUUCCGAGAAUAUCAAUGGCGGUAACCAGAAGAGGGUUCCCAAACGAUUUGUCAAGAGCCAAAUCCCAGAUUCAAUACUCAACGAUGCAGCCCUUAACGCCGCCAUCGCUCUCUUGCCUUCCAACUACAACUUCGAGGUCCACAAAUCCGUGUGGCGCGUUCGUUCCACGAACGCCUCACGCGUGGCGCUACAGCUCCCCGAAGGACUCCUAAUGUACUCGCUCGUCCUCUCAGACAUCAUCUCCACCUUCGGCGGCGCGUCACACUGCUUCGUCCUCGGCGACGUGACCUACGGCGCGUGCUGUGUCGACGAUUUAGCUGCUUCCGCUCUCGGCGCUGAUCUACUCAUUCACUACGGCCACAGCUGCCUGGUCCCCGUCAACGUGACCGCCGUGCCCUGCCUCUACGUCUUCGUCGACAUAACAAUCGACGUCGAUUGUCUAAUCCAAACCAUCGAUCUCAACCUCCGAUCCACUCCGAGUAUUGUCCUCGCAGGAACGAUUCAGUUCGCCUCUGCAAUCCGAUUCGCUAAACCAGAGCUCGAACGCCGCGGAUUCACGGUCCAGAUCCCCCAAUCGAAACCCUUAUCGGCCGGGGAAGUUCUCGGCUGCACAGCCCCAAAAAUCUCACCUUCUAUGAGCGAAAACGACGCCGUAAUCGUAUUCGUUGCGGAUGGGAGAUUCCAUCUAGAAGCGAUGAUGAUCGCGAAUCCAGGAGUGAGAACAUUCCGUUACGAUCCGUACAUAAGGAAGCUAUUCUUGGAGGAAUACGAUCAGAAAGGAAUGAGAGAGACGAGAAGAAAGGCAAUCACGAAAGCGAAAGAGGCGAAGAAUUGGGGAAUGAUUCUGGGGACAUUAGGAAGGCAAGGAAACCCUAGAAUUCUUGAACAUUUGGAGAAGAAGAUGAAAGAGAAAGGGUUUAGUUACACGGUGGUGCUGAUGUCGGAGAUUAGCCCGGCGAGAAUUGGGUUGUUUGAGGAUUCAGUUGAGGCAUGGGUUCAGAUAGCUUGUCCAAGACUGUCGAUUGAUUGGGGCGAAGCUUUUAGAAAGCCACUUCUUACGUCGUUUGAGGCUGAUAUUGCAUUGGGCUCCAUUCCUGGUUGGUGGGAGAAGAAUCAGAAUGAUGAUUCCGGUUGUUGUGGUGGUGGUGGAGACUCUUGUGGUAAUAAUAAUGAUGGAGAUGAAAAUUAUCCGAUGGAUUAUUAUGCUCAAGAUGGAGGAGAUUGGAAUUCCUCUUAUGUCAAAACGACAUUAAGACCUCUUCGUAGAAAGCCUCUAGUUUGAUGUCGUUUUUAUUUCUUGUUGUUUUCAUUUCAUGUCCUUUUAAUUGAUAUGCUCCUAAAUCUUAAACUUUUAAAAAUAGACCAAUUCCGUAAAUUAUUCAUAAGUGAAGUUUUGUUAGUAAAAAAUGAUAACACUACAGUUUAGAUUAACGAUCUUUAGCGAUAUUUUGCGUAUUUAAUGAUGAUAUUAGUAAUGUAUUUGCGAUAUAAGAUUAAAAAAUACACUAUACAUUGUUAAUUAUCGUGAAAA